UUCUCUUUCUCUUAAAUCUCUCUUCAGUAUCUCUGCUCUUUUCUCUCUGUUUGUCCUUCCAUCCUUUUCUUCGUUCUCACGCUUGCUCAGUUUCUCUUUUUCUCACUCUUUUAAGAUCUCCUCCUCCCUCUUCUUCUCUACCGCAAACUACCCACUUACCAGAUGGCAGCGCAAGAAGGCAGUGCAGCUCCAAGUGCCCAAGUUGUUGGCAAUGCCUUUGUGGAUCAGUAUUACCAUAUUCUUCACCAGUCCCCGGGUUUGGUGCACAGAUUUUACCAGGAUUCUAGUUUGCUAAGCCGUCCAGACACCAAAGGUGCUAUGACAACAGUGACAACCAUGCAAGCAAUCAAUGACAAGAUUCUGUCCUUGAAUUACGAAGAUUGCAUAGCAGAAAUAAAAACGGCUGAUGCACAGGAGUCAUAUGAGAAAGGGGUGAUUGUUCUAGUGACUGGAUGUUUAACUGGAAAGGACAAUGUGAGAAAGAAAUUCACUCAAACUUUCUUUCUAGCUCCACAAGACAAAGGCUACUUUGUCUUGAAUGAUGUUUUUAGAUUUGUUGAGGAGAGUGAAUCAUUGCAAAUCAAUUCUGACUCAAAUAAUAGCAUUAAUGAAAAUGCUUUAACAGCCAAUGUGACUCAGGCACCAGAGCCUGCUCAUGAUCACGAUCAUGUUCCAGUGGACCGGGCAAUCGCCAUUGAAGGUGAAGAUCUUGAUAAUGGUCCUGAAGUCUAUGAUCCAUCUGAUAAGGACGAAGGGUCAGUGAUCGAAGAAGAAGUUGUUGAACCACCAGUUGUUUCUGUUCAGAGUGAGAUUCAUACAGUUGAUGAUUCAGCAACUGUGACUGAGGAGGAUCUUCCUCAGAAGAAAUCAUAUGCUUCAAUUUUGAAAGUAGCGAAAGGUAAUCCAACACCUAGUCGAGCAUAUGUCCCUACCAAUAAAGUGAAGCCACCACCAGCAAAUACUGAUCAGCAGUCAGUUGUUUCAGCAAAACCUGCUCCUGCACCAGAAACUUCAGCUACCAGUAUUGACAAUGCUCCUGAAAGUAGCAGCGUGAAUGAGGAAGCUGAAGGUUACUCCAUAUAUGUACGGAAUUUAUCUUUUAGUGCAACACCUGCACAGCUUGAGGAGGCAUUUAAGAAAUUUGGGCCUAUUAAGAAAAAUGGCAUCCAAGUCAGAAGUAAUAAGCAAGGAUAUUGUUUUGGCUUUGUUGCAUUUGAGAUGCCAAGUUCGGUGCAGAGUGCACUUGAGGCUUCUCCUAUACCAAUUGGGGAUCGUCAAGCAGAUGUUGAGGCAAAGAGAGCAAACUCUCGAGUUAGUGGUGGUGGCGGUGGAAGAGGUAGGUUUUCUUCCGGAAGAGUUAUGUUCCGCAAUGAUAGUUUCAAGGGUCGUGGGAACUUUGGUGGAGGUCGUGGUUAUGGCAGGAAUGAAUUCAGAAACCAAGGUGAGGGUAGGAAUGAAUUUAGAAGUCAGGGUGAAUUUUCAGUGCGACCAAAGGGUUCAAGUGGUGGACGUAGCGGAGAGGGACGGGUGAAUCAGAAUGGAAAUAGAAGGGGUGGCCAUCAAGGAGGGGGUAAUCGCAGUUCUGUUCCAGCUUGAAACAGUCCAGAAGAUCUUUUUUGACAGUACAAAAUGAGGGGUUUGAAGAUUCUAGAAAUUCUUGUCUGAUUUUUAUAGUUGCAACUGCCUGCUUAUGAGAGGAUUCUUGCGGUUUCUAUUUUAUCUUGAGGAACUUCAUAAAAAAGCUUACAUAACAUGGAAGGGUAUUUUGGUGCAAUCAUGUAUUUUUUUCAUGAAAUCAUCUGUAUUUUCAUCUCUCAACCUUUAUUUGUGCCCACAUUUACACUGAAAUUCAUAGCAGUAGCGAAAUUCAAUGAAUACUGAUUUUGUUGAUGUUUUA